CAGGGACCAGAUCUUGAUCUGACCGAGCGUGCGUGAGGCGAGCGACCGCGAGGGGAGAAGAGUCACGUGAGUAGAGAGUCACGUGGAUUACCCGGCGGAGGUAAAUUGCCGCAGCGCGAAGAAGAAGAUUAUUAUUUCACUGCUAAGCAAGCAGAGCAGAGUCACUGUACAGACACAGAUGAGUAUCUCGAGAUUCGCAGCGCUGGUGAAGGCGUGGCCGGUUGACGCGCUGAAGCGGCCGAUUUGCCUGAAGACGAACUUGGAGGAGCAGCUCGGGCUGUACCAGUCUGGCGAGCGCGCGGGGCUGCCUGGUCUUGGGAAUCAGGUCAGCGGGAUACAGGACUUGCUGGAUGACAAGUACAAGAAGAUGUAUCCGGUGUCUGACAAACUGCUGAGGCCGGCGGGCAAGCCGAUGUAUUACGAUCAACUGCGACAUGAGUUUGAGCACGGCGUGCAGGAGCCUUCGAGGUGGCAGAAGUUCAAGGUGUUUUUGGCAAACGGAAUCUAGGAUGUUUUCUAUUGUGGUUCAUGUA